AUGAAAUUCAAUAACCGCAUCAUCCUUCUUCUUAUCGUUCUCUUCGUGUUGGUUUCAUUCGUUGCUGCACAAGGACCACCAGAAGACGAUGGAAAAGCACCAGAAGACGGAAAAGCACCAGAGGGUGGCAAAGCACCAGAGGGUGGCAAAGCACCAGAAGACGGCAAAGCACCAGAAGACGGCAAAGCACCAGCUGACGGCAAAGCACCAGCAGACGGCAAAGCACCAGCAGAUGGCAAAGCACCAGAAGAUGGCAAAGCACCAGCUGACGGUAAAGCACCAGCUGACGGUAAAGCACCAGCUGACGGUAAAGCACCAGCUGACGGAAAAGCACCAGCUGACGCCCCAGCUGACGGAAAAGCCCCACCAGCAAAAGGCCCAGAAGGAGGUAAAGCACCAACACCAGCCAAGACCCCAGAUACCACCAAAUCCCCAGCACCUUCUGCCAAAGCCGCCGCUGGCGCUGCCAACAAUCUUAAAUCCGAAGUUGGAGUUACAUUCGCAGCCAUCGCUGUUCUUGGUGCCUUAUUUGCUUAA